AUGUCCGAACUCAUUACUGUCGAAAGUAGUAUUAACCCUGGCGCUAAACAGAAGUGGGAAUUUCCUCCAGCGUCAGCAAAUACAGCGAAGUUCAUCUCUAGCCUCUCUUCAACAAAAUACCUUGCAAAUGGAAUUGUCGAGAGGGUCAGUGGAUCCAACAUGGCCGCACCAACAAUCCAACCCCACCUGACGCACUCCUCCCCAGCAAGCGCAGGAGCAAGCGCAAGCGCAACACAAGUCUUCUCAACACCCGAACUUCUCGAAAUGAUCUUCCUGCAAGUCAGCGAAGACGACCUCCGAACCGUCUUCCUCAGCCGCCGCGUCAACAAUUUCUUCAAAGCCACAAUCGAAGGAUCCGUCCACUUACAACGAGCACUGUUCCUCCGCUGCGACGUCGCACACCCCACCGUCGAGGAAGAGUCUGGACUCCGUGUAAAUCCCCUUUUUGAUAUCACGGACAGACCGCAAACGAAACGAUACAUCGAGGCCUACAAUUUCGGACUCCAGUACGUUCAGGAUGUAGGGUUUGAUCCGGGGAGUUUAAAAGCGUAUAGCGAGUCAGUCGAUAUUUGGUGCGAGGAUGUGAUUCUGGAACUCUGCGAGGGACCGCUGGUGGAUAUGGUGCUUUUGGAGAAGCGAGAGGGAACCCAAUUGUGGUUUCAGGUGGGAGUGUAUUUUCGGUUGAGGAGGGGAGAUGGGCAGUUGCCGGAGGCUGUAAGGGUGCCUGUGGACUUUGAAGAGUGGAAGCAGAUUACGGUUGGGGAGUUGGUUACGAAGGCGAGGAGAAAGCUGGGGGAGUGGUAUCCGGAGUAUUAUGGUGAUUCGAAGACGGGAGAGGCGGCUUGA